CACACAAUGUCAACUGUACUGGGCCUACGCCUUAAAGGUAACAUUUACUCAUGGUGAGGGAGUCAACGUAGAGAUAAAGACUAUCAGGAGGUCUGUCAGGACAGACGCAGCAUUUACAGUGGGUCUUGGUAGAUGAACAAAAUCCGUCUCAUCAGACAGAAUGGAAAAACAUUUCACUAACAGGACCUGAAAGAUCGCCUUUUGCAGAGGGAAUUUCAUGCGAGCAGCCAUGAGCCUGUUGGAAAAGAUCUUCUGGAGCAUGAUUUGCCUCAUCCUGGUAUUCACAGCCCUCAUUGUCCUUUCUUUCGCCUUGGCCUUUACGAGUAACCCUUACGUGAUGAGCGGCAACCUCAACCCCACCACCAACCUCAGCCAGGACCAGGUUCUCAGCUGCUACGUUAACACCAAAACCCUAAAAGAUUUGUCAGUCACGUGGACAAAGUCGGGUGAAAAAGGAGUUGUUUACCAGUACAGCAAUGGAAUCCCCCAUCUUGGAAAACAGAAUCCAAACUUCAAAGGGAGAACUGAGCUUUUUCCUGACGCUGUGGUGACGGGGAACGUCUCCCUCAGGAUCAGGAAUGUCAGACGUUCUGACGCGGGGGACUACACCUGCAGUAUUCGCUCAUCCGAGUGGGAAGGAAGUGUCGACAUCCAUCUGCAGACUGCCGAGACUCUUCUCGAUGUGUUGAGCAGCGACCAAAUGCCCGUUGCAUGGCAAAACCAGGUCCAUGUCCUGAGCUGCUACCUGCUACCCAACCAAACAGUGACCAAUUUAUCAGUCACAUGGGUGAAGGCAGGCGAAGACGGUGUUGUCUACAAGUAUAGCAAUGGAGCUCCGAGUCUUGGAAACCAGAGCCAACAAUUCAAAGGGAGAACAGAGCUCGUUCCACACGCUCUGGUCACGGGGAAUGCUUCUCUUCAGAUCAGGAACGUGAGACGCUCUGAUGAGGGAGAAUACACCUGUAGCAUCAACUCCUCUGAGGGCACAGGAAAAGUAAACAUCCAACUCAGGACAGCAGUGAGGAAGUGUCCUAGUGGUUGGUUGAUGUUUGGUCCGUCCUGUUAUUAUCUCUCCACUACAACUGAUUCAUGGGAUAACGCUAGGAACGCCUGCAGAAACAGUGGCGCUGACCUGGUGAUUAUAAACAGCCCCAUAGAACAGCAAUAUGUCCGUAGAAUCUCCGGGCGUCCCCGCUGGAUUGGUUUGUCAGACAGAGACAGUGAAAACAACUGGAUAUGGGUAGAUGGGAGUUCUCUUACUGUGGAAUUCUGGCAGAACAACCAGCCAGAUAAUGGCAAAGGAAUAAUAAGACUUGGUGAAGAAGACUGUGCAGUUCUUGAUCCCACAUGGUAUAAAAAAAGCUGGAAUGAUUUGCGCUGUGAUGCCUCCACACAUUGGAUCUGUGAAAAAAGUGCUUGGGUGUUAAGUUACUCUUAAAAUUUCUUAAAACGCGCAACUUUGUUAUUUGUCCUGCGCACAGUGAGGAGGGCUGUGUGCCGCAGGACAUCCUCCGCACUGAUAAUUACAGGUCCACACAACAUAACU